GUUACCAUGUUAAAAGAGACAAAAUUAAUGAAUGAACAGAAUUUGAUUCAUGUUUAUUAUUUGAUUGGUUUAUUAAUUGUUUCAGUUAAUUGUUGAGACAUUUAAUUGUUUAAACAAUUGACGAUGACCGAGGAGGAUGAAUUUUUCUUUGAAGAGGAUAAAUUAGGGAUGAAGGUAACAUCCGGUGUGGUUAAAAUUGACAAAGAUGAAAACAAUCUGAUUGGUAUUUCAAUUGGUGGAGGUGCUCCUAAUUGUCCAUGUUUAUAUGUUGUCCAGGUAUUCGAUGACACACCAGCUUCGUCUGAGGGGACACUUGAAUCGGGCGAUGAAAUUGUAACGGUCAAUGGUAUCUCCAUGAAGGGAAAGACCAAAGUAGAAGUCGCUAAAAUGAUACAAUCAGUUAAAUCGCAAGUGAUAAUUAACUAUAAUAAACUACACGCUGACCCUAAACAAGGUAAGUCGCUGGACAUCAUAUUGAAAAAAGUUAAACAUCGAAUGGUUGAAAAUAUGAGUUCGGCGACGGCGGAUGCACUGGGUCUGAGUCGAGCCAUUCUCUGCAAUGAUAGUUUAUUAAAGAAAUUGGAAGAAUUAGAAAAAAUGGAAUCAAUGUAUCGAGGAAUCAUUGAUUAUACAAUCUCACUAUUAAAAGGACAUCUUGACAUUUGUCAAGUUUACAAAGCUUUUGGUGAUGUAUUUGCUGAGAUUGGUGUUCGAGAACCAAAUCCAUCAGCAAGUGAAGAUUUUAGCAAAUUUGGUGAGACUCAUCGAUCCAUUGAGAAACAAUCAAUUGAAAUGGUACAAACAAUUAAACCUGUCCUCAGCGAUUUACACACUUUCCUUUACAAAGCAGUUCCCGAUACAAAGUUGACAAUUAAAAAAUAUGCUGAUGUUAAAUUUGAAUAUCUGUCUUACUGUUUAAAGGUAAAAGAGAUGGACGAUGAGGAGUAUCAAUACCAAACCUUACAAGAGCCUUUGUAUCGCAUUGAGACGGGAAAUUACGAGUACCGUUUGGUGCUAAGGUGCCGACAAGAUGCUCGAAGGCGAUUUGGUAAAUUGCGAUCAGAUGUACUUGAGAAACUCGAGCUAUUAGAUCAGAAGCAUGUUCAGGACAUUGCGAAUCAACUGCAACGAUUAAUCUCAUCUUUUGCUAAAUUACACGUUGAAUGUCAUUCACUGAUUAAGGAGAAUUUAAUUUCCCCAAUAGAAAUUGAUCUCUCGCAUACUUGUACCUUCACUUAUCCCGAUCUUGGUGUUAGUCCUUAUCAAUAUGACGCAGAGGAAGAGGAAGAGGAAGGAGAGGAAGCGAUUCCUGAAUUGCUCGGUGGGUUAACUUUGACAACCGAUAAUCAGGUUGACAGUCGACCAGCUAAACAAUUUAAUGAUUCAAUUGAUUUACUUGGUAUUGAUUGA